GAUUUAAUAAACGUAAUAAUUCAAAAAUAAUAAUUUUAAUAGUGAAUUCAUCAAUUUAAUAUUUCCAUAUUUAUGUUUUUUGUCUUGAUUAAAUUUUAAAAAAUUUAUUUUAUAAAAGAAUUCAUAGAUUAAUAUUCUAAUUAAUUCAAAGUUAUUUAUAUAUAAUUAUUUAUUAUAUGUUUUAUUAUUAAAUUACAAAAUACAAAUUAUAUUUGAUUCUCUUUUUAUUAUCUUUUAUAAUACAACACAAAAUUAUUAUGUAUUGCACUAAUUUUUUCAUCCAUAAAUAACAUUUCAAUAUAAAUGUUUUUUUAAUAUUAUUAAAACUAUUAAUUAAUCUAUAAUCUAUUAAAACUAUAAAUUAAUCUAUAAACUAAUCUAUAAAAUAUUAUUUUCUACAAUUAAAAUAAUGUUAGAUUUAGUGAGUAUUAUUACAAUCAUUUCCAUAAAAUAAUUGUUAUUACAAUUAUCUUUGUGACAAUUUAUUAUUAAUAAAAAAUUCAUAUUUUAUUUUUAUUUUUUUGCCUUAUUUAUCAUAAUAUGUUUAUCGUUAUAGAAAUAUCACAAUUAUUCAUCAAAAAUUAUGGAUUUUUAAAAUUAUGAGGAAAAAAGAUUAUACGUAGAUCAUAGAUUAAGUUUAAUAGUUUUAUUCCACUUAUUAGAAAUUUAGUUUAAAAAAGAAUAACAAUUAAAAUUUAAUAUAAUUAUAUAAUAUUCCCCUAAAAUUUCUAAAAAAUUUUUUUAUUUAUCAUUUAUAUGAUAACUAUUUCUAUUUAUAUAUAUUUUUAUGCCAGAAAUAAUAAGAAUAAGAAUAAAAUAAUAAUAAUUAGUCUUAUUAAAUUUAUUCUAAUCAUUAUGCAUAAUUAGUUCUCAAACAUGGAAUAUUUUAUAGGGAGUAAGUUUAUUCUUCCAAGUUGUCCCCUCUAUAUCAUGGAGAAAGAAUGCUUACGAAAAGUAUAUGUAUAAUAGUGAUGUAUCUAGACCGGGUAUUCAAUGUAUAAAAACAAAUUUUAUUCAAAAUUAACUAAUUCAGAUUUCAUAGAAUGAAUAAAUCAUAAGAAAAAAUAUGCAUUCCAAUGGAAAAACAAUAGAUUUAAUUUCAAGAAAGAAGAUUUUAGUAAUAUAUACUAUCAUUUAUGGGGUUUGCUUAUCAAAAGAGAAGGGUACUGUGAACAGUUUUUACUAUCCUGAAGUAAAAUAAUACAGUGCUGUAUGGCGAUAUAUCAGUUAUAUCUAUUUUUUCGAAUUCAUUUUUUAAUAUUUUGAGAUAUUAUGUCAAUGUAUAUACAAUGAUUAUAAAAAUAUUAAUUUAUAUAUUUUAUUUUAUUAAUAUUUAUUCGGAUGAUUUCUUUAAAAAAUUAUGAAAGUAAGAAAAAUAAAAAAUUAUUAUAUAAUUAAUUUACAUAUAAUAAUUUAUAUAUAAUAAUAUAGUAAUAUUAUAUUUUUAAAUUUUCAAUACUCUUCAAACUUCAUUUUUUCAAUAAUAACUACAAAAUACACAAUAAUAAUAUAUUGAAAAUUAAUAUUUAUUUAAAUAUGAUAUUAUAAUUCAUCUUUCUUUUAAAUUAUUAAGAAUAUUUAUUAAUUUUUUUUAAUUAAAAAUAAAUUUAAAAAAUAUAUUUAAUUGUAUAUAAAUUUCAGGGCCAAUAGUAUCAAGUUACGGACCUUUAGGAAUGGAGUGGGAGCGCGAAACGCAUGCGCAGUAAGGCACAAGUGCCCAGCUGUGCACAAACGUGAAAUGCGGUGCGGUUGGCGGUGGUGACUGCUAGGAAAGCAAGCGAGCGAACAAGCGAGCAAGCGAGCAAGCAAGCAGGCCGAGACUGCCCUUCUGUCUCCCCCACCCCAAGCAUGCCUCGCAGAGCCCAUGGCCUCCGUACAUACGGAGGAGAGUGAGGCAGCCCCAGCCGCUCCUCACGUCAUCCGCUGAGAGAGAGACGACGGGUCUCGACACGGCGAGGAGCAAUAAUUCUAACGAGCCAAGAUGGCGGCGGACACGGUGGCCCUGUCCGCGCUCACGCUCGCCAGGGGCGACAAGAUCCUCGUGACCGUCGAGUCCGCGCUACCGGACAUCAUCGUCGUGUCCUUCGUUCACGGUGCCAAGUGCUUCCAGGGCGCAUUGCUCGACGCCACCAAGAGAGGCCUACCGUGCGGCGUACAACCCCCUGAACCGGUACCGGAUCCUGAUGGCGACAAAUUGGCGACAAUCGCGGCCCGAUUCAGCUAUUUCCAAGAGAGGAAGAGCACGUUGACCGCUGCGAAAGUCGAUCUUCGUAGGAACAUCAAUCCACCGGCCAGGUACAAGAAUGCUCGGCCAACGGUCAGGUUGAGGCCGCGCCAGGUGCUUUGCAGCAAGUGUAGAUCGAUCUGCAACGAGAACAGCGAGAAUGUGGACGUCAGCAGAAAACGGAAACACGACGAGAUUCAGCAGGAACAGCAGCAGCCUCAGCAGCAGCAGGUCACGGGCCAUGGAUCCACUCGAAGAAGCGAUCGACGUUGCGGUCAGCAGCCGCAAAAAGCUUCGAGAGUACUGUUCUCCGAGUGUCAGACCGAGAACAUUACGGUGUCAUCUCACCAAACGGCCAAAUCCUCGUCAUCCACAGCUCUCAGUCCCGAUUCGUCGAAGCUUGGACCAUCUCUCAUCCCUAAAAUUUCGAGACUGCAACCGAAUGAAAUCAACAAUGCCAUACAAGCAAACGAAAAGGUUAAAAUCAGUCCAUCCUAUUGGAACAACAGAGUUGAUGAGGGCGAUUCAUCGGCUAACGCCACGGAACCAACGGAGGAACGGAUGGAAUCGACAGAUUGUGACAGCAAUCCAUCAAUGGCGUAUUGUGCCACACCCAGGAGACUUAGUAGUUCGUCCGUGGAAAGCGCUAAAAUACCGGAAGAAGAGGAGAAAAAAACAUUCGCGGCAGCUGAUUCGACGAUGAGGCCGAGAACGGGUCGUAUACCUCGAAAGAAACGAUCUGUAGGGUCUAUGGAAGAUCUAUGGGACGAGACCGUGUUUGAAGAUCCAACGAGAACAGCGAGAACCACUCCGGUGAUUAAGAUCUCUUUCGGUGCUCAAGGCGAGGGAACCGUUUUGAAGAUACCUUCCAAAAUCCAGGAUCCGGAAUAUGAGCAGGAAACUGAUGAUGCUGAGGACGUGCAGACGGAAACGGAGAGAGAUCCACUAGAAUUGCCGAGAAAUUUCGAUAAUGAUUAUGAUUAUCGCGAAGAUGGGGAGGAAGAUGGACAAGAGCAAGUAGAUCCUCAGAAGCAAGGUGUAAAGGAUGCAAGUGCUAAAGCUGCGAAACGUGCAUUGAAGAAAGCUAAGAAAGAGGCCAGGAGGAAAAUGCUCGGUGGUGUUUCGCCUGCGAGAUCUCCUUGCAAUGGAUCACCAAGAUAUAAUCCUACAUAUGAUACUCUGUCAUACCACCGACGCAAACAUAAAGUGAAACAUAAAAAAAAACACAAGGAAGAUCGCAAACACAAAAGCCAACAAUUGCAGCAUCAACAGCAAACAUGCUUGGAACCUGGAAGCACUGAGAAUCAACAAAAUUGGAAUGUUCUUCCUGGUAGCGAAUCGUACACAGCCAUAAAGGAGCAGUGCCUGAAGCAAAAAUUAUCAAUAUCUCUGAAGAGAUUGAAUACAAACGCUUAUGCUAGAUGUGAUUACCCUGUGAGUAAUUCUUCGUCGGGUUGUAAGAGUCCUGAUGCCAGCAGUGAUGAACUGAGUGAACAGGAACCUGAAGUCGAUGCCGGCGAGAUUGCUCCAGACUUUCCGCCACAGUCUCAUCCUUUGAUGAUGCGUCUUGCCGCGACUCCUGUGGAACAUUGUCUUACUGCUAAUGGUAGAAGAAUGGAUGUUGGUGAUGUAGUGUGGGGAAAGAUUCAUGGAUUUCCUUGGUGGCCUGGAAAAGUUCUUAGUAUUACAGUUUCUUGUAAAGAAGAUGGUACAUCAUCUGGGCCGCAAGCUCACGUCGCCUGGUACGGUUCUUCAACUAGUUCUCUUAUGUCGUGUGACCAGUUAAGUCCAUUUUUAGAAACAUUCAAGACGCGAUACAAUAAAAAGAAAAGAGGUCCAUAUAAGGAGGCGAUACGACAAGCGCAGAACGAGGCCCGAAGUCAGAUCACGCCUAACUCGACAAGCAACGUGUUAAACGUGUGUAGUUCACCGCGCGAGGUCAACGUUCUCUCCUAAGGGAAGGUGCAUAGCGCUCGACACCAUUCCUUUAACUGCCGGGUAUCUGUCGGAGAAUAGUUCUAACGACGGAUCAAAAUCGUCAUGUGUAAUAUAUAAAACAAAUUUUUGUACAUAAUUGACCUUAGCAUUAAUGGAAUAGCUCUUGAUCGGUGUUCUAAUUCAGUUCAGUCGCGUCUGCUAUCGUCGUCCACGUUAAACAUGAUUGAACCAACAGUGAUACCGAUGCUAAAUGAAGUUUACUGCCAUCACUGGCGCGUUUUUUUUCUAUCCUCAGCUUUUUUCAAGCGAUACAUUUAGCGCGUAAAAUAUAUUUAGAUAGGAUAUUAUAAUCUCUAGAGAUGACACGUCAGCUCUCGAGAAAUAAUUUCGUAUUAAAACAUAUGACUUCUAUUUGAUAAAUAGACAUCAAACAACACACAUAAUAUUAUUACACAAGAACAUUAAAAACAUGGGUGUCCUCGUGAUGAUUUAAUGAUGCUCGUUUACUUAAGUUUCAUAUAUAUAUAUGCAUACAUAUAUAUACAUAUAUAUAUAUGCAUAUAUAUAUAAAUAUAUAUUCAUGCGUAUAUAUUUCUAUUAAUGAUUUCAUUGUGAUUAUUAUGUCGAGAAUAAGUGUAGUAUACAUCCAGUGCGGGCAGUGAAUCUUCGAUAGAAUCCACAGAUGUUUCUAAAAUCGGUUUUGACUCAAUUCGUUGCUUGUUUAUAAUUCAGAGAUUUGAGUACAUGGACAAUACACUUUCGAUAAAUGAAUUUGAAGUCACGAUAUUUUUAACGUGAAGGAUCGCUGAAUGUUUGUGGAACUUUAACCGAGGAUAAGACUUAAAUUGUAAAAUGAACAACUUUACAUUUUACAACUUUACAAUCUAUAUAUAAUAUAUAGAUUGAUUCCCAAUUGGAACAUACUACAAUUUUUUUUAAGCAAAAAUUAAAAAAGUUAGAAACAUUUCUAAUAUAAUUUAGGUAUUAUGAAAAAACAUCAGAAAUUUAAUUAAAAAAUAAAUACUUUAUAAAUUAAUUUUUUCCUUCAUGUCAAAGAUCUGGCAAAAAUAUAAUUUUAUAUUCUUCGUAAGAAAUUUUUUUUAUGCUUAUACCUGAAAAUGGUGUAGUGUGUUCAAAUUAAUAUAUUAUAUGUACUAAGAAAAUAAUCGACAUACGGAAUUCUAUGCAGUGUUUCGUAUCUUGCAUUCUUUGUUAUCUAAUAAAGUGAAGUUGAGCGCGUGACAGUGAAAUGCAAAUAUAACAUCGAAGAUUAUAACGAUUAAAAUAUUUUUCAGCGUUAAACUUAAUAAAAUAUAAUAUCUUAAUAUAAUAGAGAUAAUUCAAUAAUUCGUUACAGAAAAUAAUUAAAUAUACUGAAUAAUUAUCUAAACAAUUAUAUUUUUUAUUAUUUGGAGCAAUAUUUUUUUUUAAAUUAUAACUUAUUCUUAAGAAUGUUCAAAACAAUUCAAUUUAAUAAUUUAAAUAUCAAUUAUCAAUUAAGAAAAAAAAAUUAACACAUCUUUAUUAAAUAUUAUUAAAUAUUUAAAUAUUUUCCUAAAAAAUUCCCUAAAAAUUUUUCAAUUUUACAAUUUUUAAAAUUGUAAAAUUUGAUAUGAACAUUUUAUAAAAAUAUUACAAAGAAGAUAAAAAUAAUCAAAAAUUAAAAAUAAAAAAAUACAAUGAUAUUUUUUAUAUAGUAUUAUCGAAUUAAUAUUUAAAACAUAACUAAAUAAUUUAUAUUAAUUACAAUAAAUUAUAAUAAUUUCAAUACAUCAAUAUUUAAUAUAUAAUAUCAUUAUAUAUUAAAAAUUAUAGUAUUCAAUACUUUAAUAUUAUAUUAUUUAACAACAUAGAAAAUAUUAUAAAAAAAAUGCUAUUUAUAAAAAUAUAGUAUUUAAUACUAUAAUAUUUAAUAAACGCAAUAAGAAAUAUAUUGAAAUAAAAUAUCAUAUAAUAAUAUUAAUAUAAUUGCCGUAAUAUUUAAAUGACAUAAUAUACAUAUGUGUGUACAAGAGUCUUUAAAAUAUCAUAUAACUUUAAUCAUCAGUCAAAUUGUUCGAUUCACUGAUCUUUUAAAUAGUUCAAACAUUAUAGAUAAGUUUCCAAGUUUAAAAAUCAAUCGAUAUAAAACACUAUCAUGCAAAACAGUAGUCUCAUGUUUCAUAUUUUACAAUCACGCGCUCAGCUUUUCUAGCGAGUUUCGUUUACGCUUCGUGCCAACACUGCCAACGAUUUAACCAUGUUGUUUCAAUAUUUUUUAGUCACCGACGACUAUCCUCGUUGAGUCAACAAAUAAGUUGAAUUCCAAAUGUCGAAUAAUUUAUAAUUGAUCGAUCAUCCAAAUCUUCUAUUACAUUAAAUAUCCACGGUGUCCAAUAUUAUCCUGUUGAUAAGAAAUGAUAAAAAAAAGUUUUGUUUUUAUUUAACAAAUAAUGUUACGUCUCUCAAUCAAUCGACGAAUCCCGGUGUUCCACUUUUUUUUUCUUUUUCUCUUAAUCUUUAUUCUUCUUCUUUUUUCUUUUUUUUUUAAUUUUUUAAAGAUUUUUUUUUCUUUUCAAACUCAUGAUGUACUCAUGAUGUAAUAAUUCGUCUUUGUAGAAUAUAUGACAUUCAGUUUACAUAAAAAAGUUACUGUUUCCAUUGUAACUAGUACUUAACCUUUUUCUUUUUCAUUAUGUCAAUGACUCGUUACUGCCUCAAAAUAGAAUUUCUUUCAUUCUUUAUUUUUUCUUGGAGGUUAAGCAUCAUACUCGACUUUCUCUAAUUUCUUUAAUUUUCAUUAUUCCUUUUUUUCUUAUCAUCGUCUGAAUUUCAAACGAAGAUUAUCUUCAAAACUAAAUUUUUGGAAAAUUAUUUAUAUUUCAUUCUUUUCCCUCUACUUGAUAUAUAUUAAGUUAGUGAUUUAAAUUUUUAUAUGUAUAUUGUAUAAUAAUAUUCGGCUACUUUUAUCAUAAUUAUUAUUAUAUCAUUCCCUUUAUUUUUGUCAUAUUUAAAAAGCUGAAAUUAAAAUUUACUUAAUUUUCAUUUCAUUGCAUAAGUCCUUUCUCUAAAUUUCUUUUCAAUUAUAAUUGUAAAAUAUAAUCCUAUAAAAAUAAAAAUAUAAAGAAAUGUUUUUUGGAUCGAUCUAAUUUAUAAAUAAAUUGAAACAUAAAAUUAAAUUUUAACAUGAACAAACGAAACAAAUGAAAAUAUUAAAUUCCACUCAAUGAAGAUUGCCUAAAGAGUGGAUAAAUUUCAAAUUUUUAAUUUUUUGAUUCGUUAAAUUCUCCUCAAUCGUAAAAAAUGAUAACGAAAAUAAAAAUGAAGUUCGAUCGAUUUCAUUUUAAAAUAUUUCCAUCGAGAACGUAUGUGUAAUGGAGAAUUCCAGGGAAUAAAAUAAAGAAAACGAGGAUCAUCACGCUACGAAAGAGCGUCAAUAUUGCGAUAUCGAAUAUUUAUUUCGAUAUCAGCAAUCACGUGUAAGCUUGAUGUUUGCUUUGUGCUUCAACGAAGAUUUUCAUCAAAAUCUCGCUGUUGGCCAGACGGCGAAAAUCUCUCGUUUCAUCUUCGUUCGAAUUUCUCUACCUUUUUUGAACGUCGUUCGAUUUUAGGAUUAGCUUUGGGAUUAAGUUCUUCGAAAACUGUUCAUAAUGAAUUUCUUAACUUUUUUUUUGUAGACUUGGGCGAAAUUUAUUUCAUACAAAUAAUUUAGAACUAAUUAUUAUUUCAAAUAAUACUAAUUACUAUUUAAUAAGUAUUUUUAAAUUAAUGUUAAGUUUUUUUAUUUGAUUAAAUAAAAGAAUUUGAGACAAUAUUAGGAAGAUAUUAAAUUGAAGAAUUCAUUUUGAAAAGAAGAACAAAAAUAUUUAAAAAUGUUUAUUUUUUUUUUAAUGAGUUUUUUUCUUUAAUGAAAAGAAAUUUUUUUUUAACAAAAUAUUAGUUGUUAUUAUAAAUAUAUAUUAGUUAUGUUAUUAUAAAAAUAUUGUAAAUGUUAAUUCUAAUUAUAUCGCAUAAAAAUUAUAUUAAUCUAUAAAUCUAAUUAAAUCAUAAAAUUGUGCUGAAUCUUAUGAUUAAAAUUAGAUAAGAUUUGUUUUUAUUAUAAAUGUUUUAAAUAAUUAUUUGGGGAAAUAAUGAAUUUAUUUCUUAAUUAAAAAUUUAUUCUUGAAAUAGUAUUCAUAAUAAAUAAUAAAUGUAAUAAUUAAGUUUAUAAUAGUGUUAAAGUGAGAAUUAAUAAUAGUAUUGAAAAUUAAUAAUAUAAUAGACAUUGAAAAUUAUAUUAAGAAACCAAUUAUUUUCAUCAAAACCAAAUAAUAAAUAAAAAUUAAUUUAUAUUUUUUUAUUUAAAAGUUACUUACAAAUGUAUUAAUUUAAUUUUUAUAUGAAAUAUUUUAUAAAAUAUUUUUUUUAUUUCAAAAAUAUAUAAUUUCUCAAAUGACUUCAAAAUAUAAAAAAUUUAAAAAUAAUUUGAAAAUUUUCUUCGGAUUGCCCAGGUUUGCUUCUACAUUCUAAUUAUAUUUAAAGAAUAUUUAAAAUCCAUGAGACAGAAUUUUGAAAUAAUUAUUUCACAGAAUACUGCAAAAAUUUUCAUGUUCUUCGUCGAUGAUCGAGAGAUAUGUGUGUAAAUAAAAUUUUUGCAUUUUCAAUAAAUUCUUCGAUAGAAGGAAUAAUUGUGAUUUCUUAAAUUUUGAUAAAAGUGACGUUACGUAUACUGGAAAAAUAUUUUUUCGAAAAAAAAAAAAUAAUAAAACUAAAAAAGAAAAAAAAAUUGUUUAUGAUGAUGUUUAUAAUGAUUUACGAUUUAUUUCCAAUGAACAACAUGUGGACGUAAAAGUGGAUUUUUUUGUUAAUAAAUAGGCUUCUGAUAUUAUCUUAUAGUUUGUGAAUUGAUGAUUAAUGGCUGCUUGAUUGAUUGACUGUCGAUUUUCCUCAAAAGUGAGAUACAAUUUGAGAUUCGAAUUGAAUGAUGACAGUCGAUGUGACAGGUGAAAGUUAAUGAUCUAAGAAUUUUAUUAUUGUAAUAAUUUUCCAAGUGGAACAGUUAAUUAUGUGUUCUUCUUUUUUAAAUUAUUACUUAGAGAAAUUUUUUUUAUUUUCAUAUAUAGUAUAUUUAGUCUUUUCAAGACAAGUCUCUCUAUUUUAUAUUUUUUUCGAGUCUUGUCGUGGAAUAUUAGUAUAAUAUAUCUUUCUAAAAAAAUAAAUUAGUUGAUUUAAAAAAUUAUUGAAUUGUAAUAUAUGGGAUUUUUUUCAUUAUGUAAGAUAUUUCAAAUUUUUUUUAUUCAAUCGAACGGUCAUCGAUUGAAUAAAGAAAUUAUUUGUAAAUAAUUACCAUAAUUUUGUGUUUUGCUUAUAAAAAAUUUUUAUAUUUUAUAUAAAUUUUAAAUAAAUUUUGCAGAAUUAUUUUUCUCUACAUAGAUAUUGUUUUUAUCAGAAAACUAAAAAUUUUUUAAUGAUAAUUUAUUAAUUAAACAAAAAUUUAAUUUCUUUAAAAAUGAUAUGAAAUAUAUUUUUCUUCCUUUUAUAAAAUUGCAAUCAUUUAAAUAUAAAUUGAAUACGUUAAAUUUUUUCGUUUCACAUUUCUAUAAUUAAUGUUUCUUAAUGCGAAGUAUUAAUAUUUUGAAUAUUAUAUAGCUAUUUAUAUAUAAUUUUCAGAUAAUUACUAUCUUCCUUAUUUUUCUUAUAAUAUUUCGAAAUAAAUAUUCCAUACGUUACAAUCCAAUUAAAAAAAAAAAAGAAUAAGAAAAGAAAAAACAUUAUAAUAAUUUUCCACUACGAACAUUAAUUAAUUAUAGUAUAAUUGUCGAUGUGUAAAGAAAACAAGUUGUAUAAUAUACGCGUGAAGAAUAAAAAGAUCUAAACGCUAUUAAUAUAUCAUAAAUGGCGUUCAAGAAGACAACGCACCGGAAGUCGCGUACCAUACAGAGAGUUCCAUAAAAAGAUUUUGGACAUUUUCGUUGUCUUUAAUCCUUUAUAAUAUAAUUACAAUUAUAUUAUGUAAUUAAAUAAUUAUGUAUAUAGUUACAUAAUUAUUUUUUAUGUGAGUGAAUAAUUGUAUAUUAUAUAUAAUUAAAUAAACAAGUAAUUAUUAUUAUGAUAAAUUACACGUACGAUUGAUCGUAGAUCUUUGUUUAAAUAGUAAAUAUUUUAUUGAAGAUCAUAGAAAAAAACAUGGUAAAUUAUAUUUUCUGAUUAUUAUAUUGCACAGAUUUAAAUGAAAUACAUUAUUAAUUUUACAUUUUAUAUUAACUAUCUUUUUAUUUCAUUUUAAUAUUUAAAUUAUUUUACCAUCCAAAUAUCAAAUAUUUAAAAAAUAUUUUCUAUUUUUGGUUUUUUUUUGUAAAAUUUUCUUGAUUCAGUUUAAAUUUUUUUCUUUUAAACUAUAUAUCGUAUUUAAAUAAUUAAAAAAUCAUCAUCCUGUUUUUUCUAUGUAAUCUUCAAUUCCAUGUCGAACCUUUGGAACUCAAGCUUUUAUAAGACUGGUUAUCGUUUCCUUCUAUUGCAUUGUAAAGAUCUCUAUAAAUUGAAAUAAUUACUUAAUUCGAAUUAUUUGCUAUAUGUUUAGAUCCAAUAUUUUAGAUGACAGAUUAGUUCAAUUUUUAUAAGUGUCAAAUUUAUAUUAUCGAUAUUUCUAUUCAUCUCUAAUUAUGACCUGUCGGUAACAAAAGAUGAUAUUUAUUUUUCUUUCUUUUAGCUUUUAGUCUUCUUUCACAUAGGAAUCAUAUUAUGAUAUACAUUCAACCAUUUUUUUAUACAAUUAUAAAUUAUGUUUCAUAUAACGUGCUUUUCAAUUAUAAAAUAUUCAUCUAUAAUUCAUCUAUAUGUAUAAUUUUAUAGCAUUUAUUGAAAUUAUUAUAAAUAAGCAAAACACGAUUGAUAUUCAGAGAACUUACAAUUGGAAAAAUAUUAAUCUUUGUGUAAUGACAUAAAAAUUGUACAAAUUGUCUUUUAUUAAAAAAAGUCGAAACAAAAUUUGUAUAUUUCGAAGAUUUGAUGUUGUCUUUUGAAAUUUGAGUUAUCGAGGUUCGACUAUGAUAUAUAUAUAUAUAUAUAAAAUGAUUUAUAUAACAUAAUUAGUCGGCUUAUCAUUAUACAAAAAAGGGUUAAUUUACACGGAGAUUGAAAUUUAUCCAUUGUUGAAAAACAGUAAAAAAAAAAGAAAACAAACUUAAAAGUGUAUGUGAAUAAAAUUCGUGAAAAUUAGCCCUUAAAAUUAUUCGUCGUGUUUGUUGACGAAAAUUUAAAAAGUAUUUGCGAGGGAGAAAAUUAAAAAAAAAAAAAAAGAAAAAUAAAAAGUAAUGAUCAAUCGAUCAAAAGAUGAAUAGGUAGAUAAAUAAUGAAAUAGAUGAAUAAUAAAAUAUGUAUGAAUGAAUAAAAGCGCGAGUGUAUGAUGAAAGAUAAAAGAAAGGAAAAAAAAACAAACUAAGAUGUUUUUAAGUAACUGUGAUUUUUUCAAAUAUAUAUUAUACAUAAAUAUAACGAAUUAAUUUCUACGCAUAAUAUAAACAAUGAAUAAUAACUAUAUGAUGAUAAUUAUGAAGAUGUAUCGAUGUCGCUUGUGUUCGUGCGAACGUCGUAGAACAUUAUUUCGACUAAUACACAUAUCGUUUAGAAAAGCGUUAAUUAUCGCUAUUAAUUAAUACAUCAUCAUCGAUUCAUUAUUCGAUUCGAUAAUUAGUUAAUCGAUCAUUAUCAUUGCGAAUAUUCACCUUGUGUCACUGACUCGAGUCAUUGGUCUUAAAUAAAACCACGUGAUCGACAUCUAGGAAUAUUUGAAUUGAGUUCUGAGAUGAAAUAGAAAGAAAUAAAAGAAAGAAAUUGCACGACUAAGAUCUAGAGGAAUCGGGGUUGGGUUCAAAAAUUUUAUAUAAAUAUAAAGCUAUUUCCCCAUAUAUUAGUUUAUUCAUGGAAUUAUUGAAAAUAUGAAUAACAUAAUAAAUGUUUCUGACAUAGGAAUUAAAAAAAUUAAAAAUCUAUUUUCAUGGAAAUAAGUUGCUAAAAUUGCAACUUAAAGACUCGAUUCGGUGAACAUAGUAUAAAUAUGUACGAAUGGUGGUGCAUUGCCUAAAGACUCUUCACGUACAUUACGUAUAUAUACACUCAGUCCACACUUAAAUGCGAAGUUCAAUUGUUAAUUACUUAUGUAAUUGUGUAAGAGAGCCACGUGUCAUCUAUGUAAUAUCAUUGUAUUCUGUAAUACACGCAUACACCGAAGUACACGUACACACAUACAAAUACACGUAGAUUUAUUAUACACUUUUCGUCGCCUCCCGUCGAAAGAAUCGCUGUUCGCCAUUUUGCGAAUCUCUUCUUACUUCUCUUUCCUUCUAUUUCUUUUCUUUCCCAUUUUUUCAUUUCUUUUCUUUUUUUUUCUUUUUUUCUUAAAUCAAUUUUUCACGAACUGUUCCUAAUAAAAAAAAUAAAAAAAAUAAAAAAAAAUAAAAAAAAAUAAAAACGCCACUGUACCACGCUGAACCUAUUGUUGAGCAGAACAAAUUGUGUACGUAUACAAAACAAGUCGUCAAGCUUCUCUACGACGAUUUUUCCGCUCGAUUUCGAGUUAAACGGACGCCAUUGUAUUCGCGAUCUAUAGGGCUUAGCUCUGAAAGGUACUUAAAUAAUUGACAAUAGAAAAUAUUGUUAUCGCCGUUCAAUUCUUGGAGCACGAAAAUUAAAUUUUCACCUAUAUUUUUUUGUUUUUGAAUAAUCGUAACAAAGACAAUAACAAAAUAUGCGAAAUCAAAAUGACAAAUGGAAAGCUAUUAUCUAAUUUUUUUUAAAUUCAUAUGACUUAGAAAUAUCAAUCGACUAAUAUUAAUAUUAAUUAUAAUAUUAAAUUUUUUCAUUAAAUAUUGAAUCUAUAUUUUAUAUUUGCGUCAAUUUUAAUAAAAAGAGAAUUUAAUAUCGAGGAUUAAUUAUUAAUUUGAAAAUUUUAUUUUUCUUUACAUCAUAUACAUCGUAUAGAAAACGAAAAUAUUGAAAAAUUAUGAUUAAUUUACAAUUACAAUUAUAAAAAUUAAUUUAAAUGAAUUUAAAACUUUAAAACAUACAGUAUAUUCUAAAAUUCAGAAAAGCCAUGUAUUUUCUGUUGAGUUAUAAUAUUUCUAGAAGAAAAUAGUAUUCACACAAAAAUAAAAUUUAUUAAGAAAUUUUUAAAGACUUCCAUUGCGAUAAUAAUAAAAUGAAAGAGUUUCAAGAAUACCUCGAGCUCCAAAAGUUGGACGACGACUAGGGAUUAAUUGUCGCUAUUGUUUUAAAUAGCGCUAGCUUGAUUUGCAUAUAGCCUAGUUGACCGUACAGCGAAUCGAUCAGUGCCCCAUUCUUCGUUUUCCUCACGAGUUUUCCCGCUGCUCGACAUAGGUGCGGCCCUGUCCUGAAAAAGAAGUGUUCAUUUUUCGAUGAUUAAUCCACUAUGUGGAGAAACCGCGUACGCGCAUGCGUACAACGUGUAUCUCUUAAACAUGCGCGCGCAGAGGCGAAUGAUGAAUUUUCGGAGGUCCCCGAGAAAUAGUUAAGAAAACUAUGUUUCUAAAUGAUAUAACCCGAUUAGACGAGGGGAAAUAGAUGCAUAUAAGUACAAAUAAACAAGCCUGAACGAAUAUUUCUAUAGAGCAGUCCCAUUUUCCUUUUUAUAACGAAAGAAACAAGAAACCAUUUGUAAAAUCAUGAUUAAUAUUCUAUAAGACAAUUAGAAGUCCUUUAUAAUAUGUAUAAAAUUUUGUUGAAUUUUCGGUAAAUUCGUACGUUUGUAAGAGUGGGAUUGGAAAGGAGUCGAAUUUUGCUUAGAUCUUAUUAUUAUUUACAAUUUUACACUUGAUUUAGAUGUGUAUUUAUCUUUGAAAGAUUGAAAAUAGAAUAAGUAGCUAUUGUAUUCAGAAAUGUUUGUUUUAAAUCUACUCUGUAUGAUUCAAUGAUUUGAUGAAUUAUAAAGAAUGAAUUGAAAUAAGUGAAAUAUUAAUUAAGUGAGUUCAUUUCGAGAUAAUUCAAUAUAAUGCAUAUCUUUGUUAAAUCAAUGUUAUAUUCUCGAUUUGCGUGUAACUUGUAAAAUGGGGGAUCUAUUGUAUUUGAAGUACUAUAGAACUUUAGAAGAAUAAGAAAUUUUAUAUUGCAUUUUACAUGAUGGCGUUAAAGUGCAAUAAAUAAAAAUGAUGAUAAAUGGCGAGGCCCUGAAAGCCUAUUUGAAAUUUAGAAAGCCACCAUUGUUGUAUUUUGAAAUGAAGCCUCCAUUGUGAUUUUUGCUUAAAUAAUGUGUCAUAAAUAAAAUUGACUUCGGAAUGAUAUAAAGUAAAAGUAAUAGGUAACCUAUAUUCUGAACUUUAUUCUUAAUAAAAUUAAAUACAAAAAUGAAUAUUUAAUAAAAAUUUUACUAUCCCAA